AUGUUCUCAUGUCACCAUCGCGCAUUUCUUCGCGUACGCUCAUCUGGGCACUACGGUGGAGAAGACAGAAGAUACAUUGUGCUCUUCAUUGCAGUGCCUUCGGGGUACCUCAACGAGCAGUCAAUCGCCCUAGAAGAGGAGGCCGAGGACAUAUAUUACUGUUUGGCGAUCCAGCAUUCAACCUUUCACUCUAGUGCCCGCAAGCAACUAACUCACGGCCUAUGCUUUCGUCAUACAAAUGGGAUUGAAUGCUAUGAUAUACCGGACGAGCGUAUGUCAGAUUAUGUCCCUGCCGAUCGACCUUGCGCUGGGAACCCCAUUGUUACAGAUUGCUCCGAUGCCGUUCAUCCUUCGGACAACGCCAGCUUGGCAAUCUUGCAGCACACCGUCCGCGACGAAUAG